UGCUGAAGUCUCCUCUAAGUGCUCUUCAUGGGUUCCUGUAAUCCUCACCCCAAACCUGGAGGUUACAUUAGUCCUGUACCACACACACAGAAACACACAGUAACUUAUUAACUCCUGUACACUGCUGCGUGGUAGAGCCUGUGAAGCCUGUUCAGUGAGAUAACAGUAGUUGUUCCAUUUCUUUUACCCUGAAGACUAUUGAGAGACUUGAUGCCAAUGUCACAUCUUUGCAAGUGGGUGUUCCCAAAGCCGAUAACACAGUGUUCUUGUGUGCUGUGGAUAAAAUGUUUGCUCGUUUGGGUGAAAUCCAAGGAGGAAUAGAUCAUUUUAAAUAAAACAAUUUAAAUUCUUCUCCAUUUUUUUUUUCUACCAUAGAUAAUUUUGCUCAUCGAACUGCAGUUCGCAAAGCCUUGGCUAAUGAUAAAGAAUGGCAAGAACGAUUCCUCAUUCCAAAUUGGCUUUCAUUGAUAAACAAGAAGUUGAGAUUACCUACCUGGUACCAUGGUGCAAAAUAGGAACACCUCCCAAGGAAGGAGUCUAUGAAUUGGCUACUUUUCAGAUGAAACCUGGGGGCCCAGCUCUGUGGGGUAACGCAUUCAAAAGGGCAGUAAACGCCCACGUUGAUCUCGGCUACUCUACACUAGUUGGUGUUUUCCACACUGAAUAUGGAGCCCUCAACAGAGUCCAUGUUCUGUGGUGGAACGAGAGCGCAGAUACUCGCGAAGCUGGGAGACAUUGGUCUCAUGAGGAUCCCAGAGUCGUGGCUGCUGUUCGGGAAAGUGUCAAUUACCUCGAGUCUCAGCAGAAUAUGUUCCUGAUCCCAGCGUCCUUUUCACCACUGAAGUAGUUUCCGACCUGACGUCAGACAUCCCAGUCACUGAUGUGAGAAGUGUCUGCAGCGGGUUCUCAUUUCUCCCGAGAGAAUCAUUGUCUUUGUUGUCUGAAGGAGGUGGUGAGUUACCUCACUGUGCCCUCUGCAUCUUAAGGCUGUGCCCAUGACUACCAGUCAAAACUUCAGUUCAUUUUCACCAUGCCAUUUCAUGUCUACCACACAUGAGAAGGAGUUCUGUUACUCCAUGACCCUGGUACUUUAUUGUUCCACAAUAUCUUGUCUUCUGUAAUUUUAUGACUCAUUGCUAUCUUAUAUUCAAAUAAUGAUUUUGAAGUUUUUUGCCUGGAAAUAUUUUUAAAUUAGUUAAAUACAGUAUCUAUAUUUUUGUCACAUUCAUUUUUCCUGAAUUUUAAAAAUAUUUUUUACCCAGUAAUGUUUGCUUUGUGAUAUCAAAUGGGAUUCAUAGAAACAUUAAAUCUAGUAUUUGUCUUUAUUCUUUAGAAAAGUACAAUAUCAUGUCUUCUAUAUUCAUUAUGAUUUCACAUUAAUUUUUAAGUCAAAGUUGGAAAAUAAUAUAUCCUUGAGACUUAUUGCUGGAUAGUAUGGUUUUAGCAUGUUCGUUUUUAAUUAACUUUUACUGCUUUUAACUUUACCUUGAAUCACUCACAAAGAUUGUAAGACACUUAUUUAUUUCAAUGAAAUCUUUAUAAUUAUGGAAAUAUUUGACCUAAUAAAAGCCUUCUCAUCCAUUCUGAUU